UGGAGGUCAGUGCCACGGAUCAGGUGAACUGAAAGUGCACAGCGCUCAGCCUCAACAGAGCUGAGGCUAGACAUAUUUCCUAGUCCUGCCUCCUCCUUUACAUAGACGAGACAGCCCUUACCUACAGUCAUUCACCUUGCUAUUCCGUUGGCAUCGCGUGACACACUCCCCAGGACACAAGGGAAUUUUGGAUUAACACCGAGAAAAGACAGAGGAAAUCGGAUAAAGAUCAUGUACUUCUGGACAUAUAUUCUCUAAUUCUUUUUCAUUUUUAGCGUUGUCUGUCAUAUGCUUUAUUUUUGACAAAGGAAGUGAUUUCGUAAGGUUCGCGGCUACGGGACGGUAUCUGUAUUGGUGGGUCCUGCUAUGAGUCAAGUUCAAAACCGUAAAAUUGUGAGAUUCUAAGAUGUCAAAGUCCUCGGAUCAGUUUGAAGACCCCGACUGUGUUUCUUCCUUUGGUAUGAAGUUAACGUGGGAUAUCAACGACCCAAAGCUGCCUCAGGACACAAAGCAGUAUGACGCUUUCCAGGAGUGGACGGAUGGGUAUGUUCGUUACAUCUACACUGGCGAGGAUAAGAACGCACAGCGGCACCUAAGCGGAUGGGCCAUGCGGAACACCAACAACCACAACUGUCAGAUUCUCAAGAAGUCCUGCCUCGGCGUGGUAGUCUGUGGCCGAAAUUGCACGCUGGCGGACGGAAGCAAACUCCAGCUCCGACCGGCUAUCUGCGACAAAGCACGACAAAAACAACAAAAGAAGCUGUGCCCCAGCUGUAACUCUGCCCUGGAGCUGAUGCCAUGCAGAGGACACAGUGGCUAUCCCGUCACCAACUUCUGGAGAAUAGAUGGAAAAGCUAUAUUCUUCCAGGCGAAGGGGGUCCAUGACCACCCCAGACCAGAGAGUAAGUCUGAGACGGAGGUCCGGAGGAGUGCAGUGAAGAGGAGGAUGUCCUCUCCACACUUCUCCCAGAAGAGGAGGUUGAUGGAGACAGAUACUGGGAGAUACCACGACCUGGGCACUCCUUUCCCCAACCUGCACCAGCUGUCCUGCAUGGAGGGCCCAGACCGCUUUAGCAUCAUCGCUGAGUCCAACUUCCCCAUCCAGACCCAGCACUACCCUCCCUUCCAAAACCCUGAGCCCUACAAGUUUGCCUACGAUGCCCACACCAACAUGGGUGAGGCCCCAUCCACACUCCAGAAGCAGGCCAACCACCGUCUGUACAUGCCCCGGCCUCCGUGUGGCUACGACUUUGCCGUGCCGAGCUAUUUAGGCUCGGGCUCCUACACAGCCCUCUAUAAGGACCCCAGUAGCCCCCAGGCAGAGGCCCCUGAGCCCAGCAAGGUGAGCUCGGGUCUGGGUACCAGCACGGCCACACCCCACACCACCGGGGUCCUUUCGGGCCACGACCGCAACAACUAUGACACGACCAGCAAGCACCACGGCUGGAAACAGAUCUUGGGCAAGGGGACGUACAGCGAGCGGGGCGAGUAUGGACAGUUUCCUGGCAACACCAACCACCACUACUACAACAGUGAGUACCCGUGCAGGUACCCUGGCCCAGCGCCAGCCACGCCCGCUGCCCUGCAGACCAUCAUCACCACCACCACCAAAGUGUCCUACCAGCCCUGCCCCAAGUCCUCUGUGGUAAAGUACAGCGACAACAUCUACGACGUCAAGGGCCUGCCCAGCUGCAGCUCCCUGCUCGAGGACACCUCGCCCACCUCUUACUCCGAUCUCAAGACUCCUGAAGAUUCUGGGGUCAUCAAGUCUGCGCUGUCGUACCAGCCGGAAACCCUGCCAGCUAAAAUCGAGAGGGCUGAGAACUUUGAUACUUACCGUUACGGCAACUAUGCGUCCAACAGCUAUCCCGACAGGGUUUCUCAUCCAUUUAGAUACGACGGAGGGGACUACUAAUUGAAGCGGAAGCCACCAAAACAAAGACUGUGAUUUGAUAGUUAUGCAAAUGAUCAGAAAGAACGCUUGGAACAGACUUUCUGCCACCUUUUAUCAGGUUUGUAAAGCUCUUGUUAUUUAUAUAUUUGAGAUGUUGGAUUGCAUUUGGACUGCUAGUGAUGACACUACAUUGAGUCUAGACUCUUCUAGGAUGUUCCCAACAUUUCCCCAUUUAAUGCAUAAGAAAAAGCCACAAAGUAGUUAUUAUUGCCUUUGGAUUUUUUUUAAAAAUCGGAUUAAAUGUGUUUGUAGAAUAUGAAUAAUAUGUAUUCUUAAGGUAUUUUGUCUGUUACAAUAUCACAUCAUGUUCCUAUGGCACUGAAAUAAAUGUUCUAUAGACUGGGAAUGGACAACAAAGUAUCAUGAAAAUGCUUGUGGUACAGUGCAACUGUAAAUGCAGUCUUCAACUGUACAGUUUGUGAACAUUGUUAUGUGACAUAAAAAUUCAAUGAGCUCCCACCAUAGAUUUGACACAUUCUGAUGCUGUGGUUAUGGAUGUUGCCUUUUGUUUGGUCAAAUUCACUUCAUUUACUUCCAACCCUUUGCAAGACCUUGCAGUUUAAACAAAGUAAUUACACUGUUAUCGACUGUCUUAAAAUACUGGGGGGUGAGGAACAUAAGUCAAAAACAAGCUCAUUGCCACCCCCCACACACACACUCACUCACUCAGAAAAGGAUGUGCUCGUGUCAAAAGGGAUGAAGUUGGGCAAUUAAUCGUCAGGUUUGUCAUCGGGUUGCUUUCAAUCUUGUGGUUCAGAGGCGCCCUGACAAGUAUUUCCCUCCACGCUGGGGUAGAGACGAGAGAAAGAUAGAGGGAGAAGAGAUGAGUCUUUCUCCCCUCCUUUCAGAAUGCCGGUAAUACCUGACGCUGACAGUAUCUCUCCUCGCGGACGGUUCAGCAGGGAAGUGGCGCCGCUUCUUUUCGAAGCUCAACACUCUGACUCCGCCGGGGACUUUUCCUCUGAUGUCCCAUCUAGAUAAACAAAUGACUCUCUAUUAUUGUAAGGACCGAGGUGGUGCCCUGAAUCAGUUUCUCCAUAUGUGUGAUCCUUUUAAGUGUAACUGCGUGCUGACAGGAGACAUAAUGUAAGCCUUGUCAGACAGACUGAUCACAGAUGACUAAUAACGGCUCGGUUUCAAAAUUUCACAAAACUCUUACCUUGUAUUGGAUUAAUUGUACAGAGAUGUAGCCUUUUCUAUGUAAUUAAGCUGGGUUUGUAGGCCAGCUACCCCUAAUAUACAACAUUUUGACAACAUAAACGUUAAUAUACAACAUAUUUGUAAAAAGGUUUAAAUGUAACGUAGAGCUCAUGAGACUGGAUAGCCAGGACGAUGGGUACAGACUGUUAGCCUGUUUCUUCUCUUCAAGAUUAUAGACUUGGCUGAUUUAUAGUAUAUUAGAAUCAUAGAUUAUAUUACAGUGCACGGUACAGUGCAGUGUAUUAUUUGUAGGCCCUACUUACACAAAUAAUGUACUGCAGUACAACACAAAACAGGAUUGGCUCAUUUGAGUGAUUCAUCAAACCUAACUUGUUUAGUUGUGAGGUGCAUCUGUACAUCUAAUUAACAAUACAAUUCCCCUCUGUAGGACUGUAUG